GUCCGUACUACCUUUUUCAAAAACCCUCUCCUCUCCCCCUCAACAUCUAAUCCUCUCGCUCCAUGAAACCUCUGUGAACAAACUUCAGUGACGUCAUUUCUCAAACCCUAACUCCACCUUCUCUCGUUCCCGCAACACUGCUACUACCUAGGGUUUUGGAUUUGCUUUUGCACUGAAGCAGCUCAUAGAGCACUCUGAGUGAUAUGGAUAGGAGAUUCAAUGGACCUAACGGACCUUCCAGCUCUGCUAAUGGUGGUUCCGCCACAAAGCCCGCUUUUCAACCUCCGCUUCCCAAUUAUAGUAGCCGAGCUGUUCAGGAAGCAUUAGAACACUUGGCAUCUAUUGAUCUUAUUGAGUUGUGCAAUGAAGCAAAAGUUGAGCGUUGUCGAGCAACAAGAGACUUGAGAAGCUGUGGACGCUAUGUGUUGCAUGUGCUAAACUCAUGUGGACAUGCCUCAUUAUGUGCUGAGUGUAGUGGACGAUGUGAUUUUUGCCCGAUUUGUAGAAUCCCAAUACCAAAGAAGGGCACCACAACACGUCUUCGUCUUUACUAUGAGUGCACAGAAGCUGGCCUUAUAUCCAAAAGAUUUGAUGAGAGAUUUCAAGAAAAAGAUGGGGAGGAGCAGCUAACUGCUGAUGUCCAACACCUUUAUUCUUUGUUUGAUGUUGCGUUGGAGAAUAACUUAGUUUCCUUGAUAUGCCAUUAUAUUACAGAUGUUUGCAUGGAUGAAAGUGCUGUGUCUAGUGAUCCUGUCAUUGCUUUCUUGUUGGACGAAGUGGUUGUCAAGGACUGGUGCAAGCAGACAUUCCAGAAUAUCAUAACAGAACUUCAAGGAAUUUAUAAUCUUGAGGUGGAAGAAUUGAGAACUAGGUUCAGUAUGCUUCUUAAAUAUUCAGUACAGCUGGCUGGAUUAUCCAAUGUGCUUGAAGUUUUGGAGUCAUCUUUUAAGGGUUCUCUUUCGGCCAGAUUUCAUGAUCUUCACUGCCUUCAGGAAAGCAUAUCGAAGACAAAGCAGCAUUUGGAGAUUAUGAUCUGGUGUAUAAGACAUGAAUUCCUUGCAAAUGUGAGAUCUCGUUAUUCUGAUUUGAAAUCGUGGCAUUCUAGUUUUCGUGAAAGAAAAUCAGCUGCUAUUAAGCGUUCAUGGCCUGAUGUAGUAAAUAACUCCGAAGAGUCCGCUAGACAUGAAGGUACCUUAUUCAUUGAAGAUGCCUUGGCAAAUCUUGAGAUAGAGUGUGGAUAUACACCGGAAAUGGGAGAGGAAUUAAAAGUUGCAUAUUUGCAGAAGGAUGGAAUUUCGUUAAUAUUCAGGUCACAGAUGGAGGGGAUUUCAGGAUGCUAUCCAUUCGAAAAUCUUCGAGCUGCUGUGGAUAUACUUUUUCUAUGUGGCAGUUCUGGUAUGGUGGUUGCAAAGCAAGCAAUUUUUCUCUAUUACCUAUUUGAUCGGCAUUGGACAAUGCCUGAUGAGGAAUGGAGACAUAUAUUAGAGGACUUCGCGGCUUCCUUUAGCAUUACCAGAAAUUUGUUAUUGGAAUCUUUAAUAUUCUAUCUUCUGGAUGACCACACUGAGGAGGCUGUGCUGGAAGCUUGUCACCUUCUUCCAGAGAUCUCAGGCCCGUCAACUCAUCCUAAGAUUGCACAAGUUCUUUUAGAAAGGGGACAUCCUGAUGCAGCUCUUUUGGUUUUAAGGUGUUCUGGGCAUGAUGGUACAUCACAGAUUGUUUCGCUUAGUGAUGCUGUUACUGCAGUUAGGGUCAGAGUAGAGUCUGGGCUUCUCACUGAAGCAUUUUUACAUCAAAGAAUGCUGUGUGCUAAAGUCAGGGAAAAGAAGUUGAAGUAUGGGCCAUCUGCAGAUGUAUCUGAUGAUUCCAAAGUUGAAUGUCGGAGCUGGAGGGAUUGGGUGGAGGUUUUGGUGACCGAAAUAUGUUAUCUUUGCAUUCGCAGGAACAUGGUGGAUAGAAUGAUCGAGUUGCCAUGGAAUUCUGAUGAAGAGAAACAUCUCCAUAAGUGCUUACUAGAUUUCGCUAAUGGUGAUCCCUCUUCAAUUGUUGGAAGCCUUCUUGUUAUAUUCUAUAUUCAGCGCUACCGGUAUUCUGAAGCCUACCAAGUUGAUCUUAUACUUAAAGGCAUAGAGCAGGAAUUCAUCUCAAAGAAUUCCGUCUCUGAUGAUGUUUUGUCCAGAAUGAGAUUGGCAAGUUGCUGGAGAGCAGCAUUGGUUGAUAAAUGCGUGGCAUUGCUGCCGGAAGUUCAUCAGCAACAGGUGAAGGCUGCAAAGUUGCAUGAGGUGACUGUUGCUACUGAUAAUUAUGUUGAAUCGCCAGUGAAGUCUGAUCUUCCUGAAGUACAAUUUUCGAAAUCAACCAGUUUAUUAAUUCCUUCAUCAAACAAUUCCAAUAUCGUUCCAUGGACUGAUCAUGCAACUGUUACCUGGAAACCUGCAUCUUUUGAAACUCCAAUAAAAAGAGGUGGAUCUUUUGAGAAUUAUCACUCUGAAUUUGGUAACUAUGGUUCUUCUAUUCUUCAUGGAAAAUUAUUUAGCAAUGCUGAAGAACGACAAAAGCCUCUAGGUAGCGUGCACAAAAGUUUUAAUUUUGAGGACAAGUCAACUCCUCGAAUUCGUCAUGUUAGUGCUGUAAAUUCUACUCCAUUAACGAACUUGAACAGAAGGUCAUCAAGAGUUUUCCCAGGGAGCAACCUGCUAGGCAAUCCAUUUGAGAGUAUAUUACCAGAAACGGAACAUAACAGGAUUAUUGAUCAAUUGCAAAACAUCAGUUCAUCGCACCAGUUGAGGGAUGCCGAUCUGGCAAAUACACCCAGCAAGUACCGGGGCUUGUUUAAGGAUUCUCCACAGGAUAUUCAGCAAAGUGUCUUCAGUAAAACAGUCCAGCCAGAUAGAGAUGAUAGACCUCUGAAUAUUGCUUCCUCAGAGGAUCUAAUGAAUGUCUCUUGGAGCAAUAUGGAGAAUGAAUUUUCUGUUGGGGACAGAAAUUUGAAUGGUGGACCAAGAUGGAGGUCUGAUGAAGCCAGUGAUGAUGAAGAGGGGCAGAGUCCACAAAGAGCUACGGAAUCCAGUUAUCAUGCCACUCCCACAAGGGGAACUAGAAGAAACAGGUUUGCAAGGAGAUGAAGAUUGCACAUACUCGGUUUCUAACUUGACAAAUUCCUUGAGUUAUUUGGGGAAGAGAAAUCUGUAAUAUUCGGUGGCGAAACAAAGCUGUAUCUUUUCAGAUGAGAAAAACUAAGCUGCUGACUUGCAAUCUGGCUGCUGGUUUAUGGUUGUGCAGCCAACACUCAGUGAAGGAGACUUCCAAUUUUGAUGGGAGUCAAAAUUCUAGUAUUCAUCUGCUUCUCGCAUCCUUCAGGUGAUCAAAAGAUUGAAAUCGAGCUGUUAACUGAACAGAUUGUGCAGGGUUGAUAAAAUUUUUGAAUCUGUUUUUUAAGUAAUUUGAAUGCUGAGGUAGUCUUUGGAAUUUAAUCUUCUGCUAAGCUGUAAUUUAAGCAUAAUAGAUGUUAUGAAUUAUAGGAACAACUACUUUAAGCGCUCAAUUGAUCUAAAUAUACACAUAAUUUUGUCGUA